UCGGCCAAAGUGGGAAAGACGGCAAUCGUCGAGCAGUUCCUAUACGACGCCUUCCCUGUCCACCACUCGGCUACAGUCGAGCAACUCUAUAGAGCCGAAUACCAGGUCCGCGGCACCGGUUCCCUAACGCUCGACAUAUUGGACACGAGUGGGUCGUAUGAGUUCCCGGCGAUGAGACAACUGGCCAUAAAAUCGGGCGAUGCAUUCAUUCUUGUAUUCUCUGUGGACGACAGCGAGUCCUACGAAGAGGUCCGACGGCUCCGGGAACUCAUACUUGAGCUCAAGAGCCGAGACAACAACGACAACCACAACCAGAUCCCGAUCCCCAUCUGCGUCGUCGGCAAUAAAAACGAUUUAUUAGACGAUCGACGAGUCAUUAGAAAGGUAUUGAUUCUUGUGAUAUAU